AUGGCUCCUGCCCAGGUGUCUCCUGAUCUUCCUAAACCCUCGUUCGCCAAGGUCGCUGCCUCUGUUUCCAAGGAUUCUGCAUCAUCUGCAAAUCGACAGAUAGCCAUUCCGCCUGAAGAAGUAUCCAUGGGCUCGAAAACACCUAUAUCUACGGGUCCUGUAAUUGCGAAUGGGCGAUCUGCCAAAGCACCGGCUAUAAACACACCUUCGCCGCAACCUGGAACCACUGCCAGUCCGGCCGAGCAUAGAAGCGGUGUAGACGACUUUGCAGGAUCCCUGAAUGAUUUGAGCCUCCGAGAGAAAACACCUAGUCUUGUCGUCAAUGGCAGCGGACCCUUGGCGCCCGAACGACCUGCGGUUAUCGUUGGUAGAGAUAGCGGGUCUGACGAUUCUCAGAGGGCUGAUUCAAGCUCCGAACUCGGCACCAAGCCUCCCAGUCUGGAUGGAAAGAGCAUCACAUCAGGCACAACAUUUGCGCUUGACGAGAAAGAAUCGCUAAGACCUGACGAUAGCGCGAGUGUUAAAGCCGCCGCAGAAGAUGAUGAUGCUUUUUCUAUUCGUGGUUCACUUGUUGCUGGCUCUCGCAUCGGGUCCGAGGUAGCUGCUCGCGCCCGAGGCAUUCCCCUGGGCGAUAUUCCAGAGCGCAGGUUACCACAACAAACUCCAGGUGUUGCAGCUCAAGGGGUCUUAACUCCACAAAGUUCUUCGUCCGAACAACCCGCUAGUGCCCCUCUAGGUGCAACUGGUUCCUCAGAUGCGCUUGGUGUCAUUUAUAGGCAGGCACCAGAUGAAAAGCUUCUUGAGGCCAUGGCAUCGCCCAAAGAUAGGUUGUUUCUUCUCAGACUGGAGAAACAAGUGAUUGAUUUUGUCCAGGAUUCCAAGGAACCGUAUAUGGACCUCCCGCCGUCCAACUCAUUCUGUAGGAUGCUCACGCACAAGCUGGCUGAUUACUACCACAUGACACACUCUUUUGAGCCUCAUGUAGGAUCUGUACGCAUUUUCAGGACACCCUUUUGUCGGGUCCCUACCUCGCUGGCACUCAUCAACCCGAGUCCUAGUGCACCGAGCAGCAGCACUCCUCCUCCUGCCGUUCUGCCCAAGAAGAUCAUGCGACGUGGUCAAGAUAGUGAGGGCGGCCCAAGCGCAGGUCCCUCUAAACCAGCCUCCGAGAAUGGUAGCGACGCCAAGGAUAAGCCCGCAGCCAACCAGAAGUUGACCAGAGAGGAGCGAGAGGAGCUUUACAAGCUAGCUCGAGAGCGCAUUUUCGGCAGCUCAGAAGAGAGUAUCGCAGAAGAUGGCGAUAACGGAAUUUCGAGAGCCAGUUCGGUAUCAGCAAAGGAUAAAUCAAAUGCUGGAAAGAGAGGCAAACCUAGCAAGCAGCGACGUGAUGAUUCCGAUAGCUUUGAUUCGCGACACCACUACACCCCAUACUGGGGACCUCAGCAGCAGACUUGGGUGCCUCAACCACAGUAUAUGCCACCCCCAAACCCUCAAUAUGGUGCUCAAGCGCCACCAGGCGCAGCAUAUCAGGGCCAGAUGGGCCCAGUCUAUACCCAACAAGGCCCUGGCUAUCCCUCAAUGCCCGGAAUGCCUCCAAGCCAGCCAUAUCCUCAGUACUCUGUGCCUCCGUACCCCCCUCAAGCCAGCCAGCAACGAUACCCGCCCGGUGGAAGUCCUAUGACAAACUAUGGUGCUCCAGUACCCCCAGCAGGAUCGCAGCAACCGGUAUGGCAACCAGGUUUUGCCCCUCCUGCGCAAUUACAGCAGAGAGGAGGAACUCCGACUGGCCCUCAAGGGCAUAUGGGUAUUCCUUACGCUUUUGGACAGCUCCCAGCAAACAUUAAUCCUCAUGACCCUAAGAGUCAACACCCAAUUCCUGGGAGCUACAACCGCAACCACGCCUUCAACCCUAAGACACAGUCGUUUGUGCCUGGUAGUGGUAUGGCUCCCGUCCCGCCACCCCAGCCGCCAUUCACCGCCCCUGGAUCGCAUCACGGUAGCCCUCAGGUUGGAUCACCGCAUCUAGCUUAUCCUGGCGCGUACCAACAGCCGAUACCUCAGCCUUAUGGGGGUGGAUACGGCAUGGCGAGGCAGGGGUCCAGCAGCUCUAUGCCUGCGUAUCACUCUCCUCGCGUUGCUCAUGUCGCGCCACCUGUGAUGCCACAAAACCCCCAACACAUGGCUCCUCAAGCUCACCCUCAUCACCUCCCAGCUUACAAUAUCCCCAACCGACCUAACAUCCCACAAGGGCCUAGCCAACCUUACUCGCAUCUGCCAACAUACGGCAACCCGGCAACUUUACCCCAGAAGCCGGAUACUGGAAUUUAA